AUGGGCACUCAGUUUAGGUCUAAAACGAUGCCUCCUAUAUUACUAGGCCCAGCCAACAAUCCAGACUUUCACCAACUUGAUAUCACCAUCUUAGACCGUGAUAUUUUCUCAAUGCCGUUUGAUAAUGGUACAACCGGUCAAUAUAUUAUUGACUUAUUAGAAUCUAGGAAUAUCCAGAACUAUAUUAUCCUUGUUGAUAACGUUCCGAAGACAAAUACGACGCCAUUAUAUGUUUCUUCGGAAAACAAAGCAAUUUUGGAUUUGAUUAAAGAAAAUGAUAGGUUUAAAACGACAUCGAUCUUCACCAAAAUGUGCCCCAAUAGGAAUAUAACCACCAGAAAGCAGCGUUUUAAUAUGUAUGUAAAAUCAAUCCAAGAUUAUUUGGAAGAAUUAGAACUUCAAAGCCUGAAAUUACCCAUAAGUGGGAUGUUCAAGCGCGUUGCGAAACACAAAAUAAACAUUGCCCUUCCGAGCAACGCAGUAAUCAAAUUUGGCCUCAAUUCGAGUCUGACUUUUGCAAAAAUCUACGAAGCCAUCUUUGAAAAGCUUUGCAAAGUUUAUGGUCAUAGGUUCAUCCCUACCGCCGAUAAAUACAGGCUCAGAAUUAUUGAUUCCAAAUUUGAAAUUAAAGAUGACCAGCAAGUAUUUCAAGAUUGUCCAGAAAUGAUCGCCGCUUUGGAGAAACAAGUGAGAAACCCAGAAUCUAUCGUAUUUAAACUCUGCAUGGAAAGCAAGCCUUCAAAAUUUAUCAAAACUAUUAUUCAGGAUGCCAAAGAAUUAGAUCUUUCGUUACCAGAGCUUACACUAGAGACACAAAGUCUAUACCUAUCUAUGUCGCAAAAUCGUCAUAUCGUCGAAACAUUACGAAAUGAAAAAAUUACUGAAUGUCCUUUACUUGCAAGAAUGAGAAUUUCAUCGACAGACCCACCAUUAUAUACAUGUACGAAAACGCAAAUCGCUCUGAAAUGCGAGCUGCGUGCAGGAAUUACAGAUGUCGUAGUAACUGGAGCUUCAAUACAAUGCCGGUACGAUAUUUCGGCGGAUAAAGCAAUAGUUCAAUUAAUCGCUAAGAUCGAAAAGCACCAGAAGAUCAACAUCGGUCGUGAUCCGAGUGAAUUUGUAUUAUUAUUACAAGGAACAGACGAAGUCAUCGCCGGUGAUACACCAUUAGUACAGUUUAUGUGCGUACGACAGUUCUUGGUCUCUAAUCAGCCAGUUAUGAACGUAAUGCUCGCAGAAAAAUCUCAAAUCAUCGAUUCAAUCAAGAAUAAAGAACUUGCGGUUACGCCGAUGCAAGAACCGAACAAGAACGAUUUUAUUCCAAGUAUCAAAGCUUCAACAACAAAUUCCUUAUGUAUUCCGAAUUUACUGCUUACAACGCCUAUGUCUAUACUUAUACGUGGCUUCAAGCACUUCCCAGCUAAAGUAGAGAACGUAGGUAUCACUGUUGCAAUUAUAAACGGUACACAAACGAUAUGCGACCCAAUUACGUUACCUGUACAAAAAGGUGGUGCCAAAUACAUAUUAGUUAAUCAACCCAUUACUUUCCAGAUAUCUCCACGCGUUUUACCGCAUUCCGCCCGCUUAUCAAUUUCCGUAUUUGAUUAUGACCAAAGAACCAACUACAUGAAGAAGCCAAAGAAGAAGAAAGACAACGGGAACAUUGCAAGCUUGAACUUCCCGAUGUUUACUCACGACGGAUGGCUGAACAUGGGAACAACAAGCAGAAAAAUGUGGAAUAAGCAUUAUUUGGACUAUUUCUUGACAACGGCUCAGUCAAAUGAAUCCGGAGCGAUUGUUGCGAUAUUCGAUCUCCCUGUUUUCAGAUUCCCUGUUUACCACACUGUUGCAGAGAUUCAACCAUCAGCGAAUCGUAUGUCAAUGCACUUGUCGACAGAAGAAAUCGCACGAUUGGAGACAUUCGAGAACCUCGAUGCAUUGGGAGUUCUCUCUCCUGAAGACAAAACAUUGAUAUGGAACAAUCGUGCUAAAUUUAAACAAAACGAGCGAAUGCUUCCACUCGUUUUGCAAUCACUUGACUACACAUCUCCUGUACAAGUCGCAGAAAUUCCUUACAUACUCAACGAGUGGGCAGAAAUUUCUCCAACAGAUGCAUUGACACUUUUGGAUCCGAAAUUCGCAGAUCGCGAUGUUCGUAAAUACGCUGUCGAACACUUAGAAGCAUUCAACGAUAACGAGAUCAUGCUUUACAUGCUUCAACUCGUUCAAGCAUUGAAGUUCGAGUUAUACGACGAUUCUCCACUUGCACACUUCUUGUUGCGAAGAGGUCUUGCAGAACCGAAGUUCCUCGGACACCAGCUCUUCUGGCAACUGAUGUCUGAAGCACACAUAUCUCAGAUUCGACAGAGAUUCUCUGCCGUUUUGGUCAAUUUCAUAUACGGAAUUGGUUCAUACUGGAAGGAACUUAAAACAGGAUACAGAUUCACACAGAAACUUGUUGAAUUAAACAACGACCUUUGUAAGUUAAGUCACACAGAAGCAACAGAACAAUUCAAAGUCCGACUGAAAGACGUUGAGAUUCCAGAAGAGUUCCAUCUUCCUAUGGAUCCAAGACUUGUUGUCGAUGCAUUCAUCUUAGAAGACUGCAAGGUCAUGAACUCUAAGAAGAAGCCUUUCUGGCUCACAUUCCACAACGCUGCGCCAUUCUCGACAGAACCAGUCAAGACGAUGUUCAAAGUUGGCGACGACCUGAGACAAGACCAGCUGACUCUCCAAAUAAUGAAAGUCAUGGAACACUUGUGGCGACAGAACCAGCUCGACUUGCGAAUGAACUGUUACGGUGUCCUCCCGACAGGUUUCAACCAAGGUUUCAUCGAAGUUGUCCCUAACUCUAUCACAGAACAAGUUCUUCAGCAAGAGGAAGGAAGAUGGACAGGCGUUUUCAAGCCUAACAUCAUGAACGACUUCUUGGCGAAGAACAACUCUACGGCAGUCACACUGAACAUCGCGAAGGAGAACUUCCUCCUCAGCUCAGCAGGUUACGCUGUCUCUUCUUGCGUCAUCGGUUUGGCAGACAGACAUCCAGGAAACAUCAUGGUCCAAAGAGAUGGUCACUUCUUCCACAUCGACUUUGGCCACUUCUUGGGUAAUUUCAAGAAGAAGCUUGGAUAUCAGAGAGAAGAUGCACCUUUCCACUUCUCUCCUGCAUGCGCAGAAGCACUCGGAGGAGUUGGAAGUGAGCAAUACAAGAGAUUCGAAGAUACAUCAGCAAACGCAUACAAUAUUUUGAGACGAAAUGCAAAUUUGUUGAUGUCCAUGAUGUUGUUGAUGCUUGGAACAGGAAUUCCAGAACUUCAAAAGCCAGAAGAUAUAAUAUACAUGAAGAAUAUGUUGAACCUUGGAGUUUCUGAGGAAGAAGCAGCAACAAUAUUCAAGAAAUACAUUCAGAUGUCUUUGGAUUCAACAAAGACAACUGUGAAUAACUGGAUUCAUAAUUUAGUUGUUUCUUAA